CAACAACAAUAAUACGAGAGAUCGAUCCGCUCUUUGGUGCGUUUAGUGCGUUUCGCGUUUCGCUGUGCAUUGAUUGUUGGUGAUGUGUUGAGCAUAAAUUCGUCCGAAAUCGUGCCGAUUGCUUUCGCUAGGGUGGAACAGUGCCGCAGCCGCAAAACAGCUCAUAUGGCCGAUCUAGCCACGGUUAGACCGAAAUGUCCCUGUAUCCUGUGCGGGCGCCCAUUCGUACGCACUAAGAAACGCAUACGAGAACGUGACGAUCGUACGUGAAAACAGCACCGAACGAACUGUCGAGAACAACUUCUUCUGUGUAUGGUUACUGUUCGGGGGCGGAAAACUCUUUUAUUUGGCGCUAGAACAUUGCCGCUCGCAAGGGAAGAGUAGAUCCACAGGCGAAUUGUGUGGGGAGCUACGAGAAAGGGGAAACGUUUUUUUUGUAUCGAAAGUUCCCUUGUGUGAGUGUGUGUGUGCACCGUGCCCGUGUCGUGACACGGAUGAGCUUCUUUACCCGAUAGGAUGGAGCAAUUUUCGCACGACCUAACGUUGGCGCUGGAAGAAACUUCCCGCACCAACUCGAGCAAGGUCCGAUGGGGAGUGCGGCGCCGAACACGAUCGACGGGCAAUUUGCCCUGUGCACCACAACCGACGGAAGAUAGUUCCAGCAGUCCGACCGAUCCACCAGCUUGCAAUGUGGUGAUGAACCAGGCCGAUUCGCCCUACCUUAGUGGCAGUAACAACAUCGUCCAGAGCGACUCGGACGAUAGACAUUCCGUGGCGUUCACGUUCAAGUUGCGCCAAACGCCCCUGUCGGGAAAUUUUGAAUCUGACUCGCUGAACGAAAACUUCAGUCCUGCUAGACCCAACAUGCGGCGGAAGAGAAAGUACAAACGCAUGGCGGUUGAGUACGAAACGACACCGUCCACACCGCACAUCGGUGGAAAUCCUCUGUUUCCCGUUACCGGCACGGUAAAGAAGCGCGUUUUCAAACACUCGGCGUGUCCGGAUAGUUUCAGAAGUACAAUGUUUUUCUGCGGCAAGCGAAAGCGCAGUCAGCGGGACCGCGGUGCGUUGGAUUACGACUUUUGCAAGCAGCAUUCCAGCAGCGUGCCGAGACAGCGUGAGUUUUUCGGCCCGAAAGGAUCGUCCUACAGCGAGUACAAGAGUCGCAAUCGUGCCGCAUCCUUUUCUGCCAGCAUGAUGAAAUGCGAAAGAAUCCUUCCGCUGAACAAGACGGUCGUGUCGAAGAUCGAACGGAUAUCAGCGGACAGAGAUCGUGAACGGACGGCCUUGCUGGAAGCUUCCCGUUCCACCGCUCUGGCUGCUCCAUCCGCACCGGUUCCCGUCCCGACGGGGGGAGAGUUUAAUUUUUCAAUUCCGUUGGCGGGAAAUCUCCAGCAGCCCGCUGCCACAAUGCCCCUGGAAGGAGGGGUGAUGUUACCGCUAAUCGGAAGUCAAGGUCACGGGGAUGUUAAAAGUGCUCCGCAUCAAAUAAUUGCUGCUGCCGGCACAAACAGCACGGUCAGUGUUCCUUUGAGUGAGUCGGGCAUGGCUGUAGGAAUCGCACCGCUGGUUUUGCCAGCGAAUAAUAUGAAUGCUCUGCAGCAGCUCGCUGUACCUGGCACAGCCUCAAUAACGACGUCUGCAAUAGACGAUCCGCUUGGGAUGAAGCAACCUGGUCCGUUAAAUCCGAUGGAAGCGAAACCAAUGAUGGUGCAACCGUUCGGUGGCAGCGUGCUUGAGAAUCCCAUUAAUUUCCGCCAAUCGUUUUCGGAAGUCGCCUCCUUACCGCCGUCCACAUCCAUCUCAUCGACCGUAGCAGAACCGAUGAAGGCGGCAAUAAUCGCGAAAGCAAAAGCAAACUACCCGAAAGAAAAGCACCGCCAUCGCAAAUCGAAGUACAUCCGCAAGAAGCAAAUGCUCAUGAUGGCCUGCCCGGAAGGGCAAGGCCAGCUGAUGGACUGUAGCGCACAGGUGAACGAUUUCCUAAGCUCCAGUUCGCUGAGUUCGAGCGAUUCGGAAGCGGUGCUGGCGAACGAAACAGACCACGAAGGUGACGACGAGUUGACGGAUUGGCCCGGCAACGAGGCAAUGAUUACGUUUGCAUCCAAGCACGACUUUCGCAAGGCAUAUCACGGCAAUCGUGCACCGGCGGCAGCAGCAGCAGCAGCAGCUGGACUCUCCUCAUCCACACUCGGCCGACCCGUACUGUCCCAAGUAAACCCGCCGGUGGACCAUGAUCUGCCGGAUGACGAUACGCUCAUGUCGGCCGAUGAGAUACUGACGGCGGCGAGUGUUCCGGGAGUGGCGGGCGAGAUCACAAUGACAGCAGUGGGCGGUUUGAACACUUUGGAUACGAAUUUGGCGAUUCCCAUCGGAUCGGAACUGUCCGCAAUGAGCUCACCGUUUCUAGUCAACAACAUUGCACCCGGGCUGCCACUGGCUAAUGAGAUUCGCGAGAUACGAGCCGGUUGCAGGAGGAUUCGCGAGGAACGGCCCGGAUUUUCGAUCAUAUCAAGCGUUAACGAACUUCUAUCAAGGUUUCUUCAGGACGAUCAGCAGCGCGAGCUAACCCUGCACGACGUGGACAAAGCGGAGCACGAUAAACUGCAGGACCUGUGUAAACUGUACUCCCUGAACGCACAACAGCUAAGUGAGAACGGCAGUGUAGUGAUGCUGAGCAAAACCAGCAACACGAUGCAAUCGGUACGCAUCGAUCAAUCCAAUCUGCCGAAGCGACUGGGCGAUUUCAAACGGCGAUGCUAUGGUAAUGCCGCAGCACUGCAAUUUCACGACGGUGCUACUAGCUAAACACUGGCUAGCGGUGUCUUACUCGGAGGAUUCGGUUUUACCUUCCUUUUAAGAUGAAUUUGGGGCAAUUGUGGGGUUAAAAGCAGGAUGAUUCUAGUGACGUAGCCAUUUGAUUAGAAGAAAGCGCCAGGCCGAGACCGACUACGGGUUUGUUGUUCGGUUCGGUUGUACAGAUGCAGGACUAGCUUAUAGCUGUAGUUAUAGAAAUGGGGAUAAAGAAUUCCCCCCUUGUGUAAGGAUAAGAACCCGAGACAAGUUAACGUGCGCAGACAGCAGGCUUCAAGACCGCAAAGCAAUGUCACUUUGGGGGAAUGAAACUCAAUUGAAAGGAAGGUAAUCAAACAAGAAAUUCAAAGCUUAACAGAAGGUUUUAAAAUUUUCAUGUUGAGAUACAUAUUCGAGCGGCACGGGAAACGCUCUUGAGACGAUAGAACGCACCUGAAACAUGUAAGUAUAAUGCUGUACAGCUAGUGUUUAAGGGUAAAGUUAAGAACACAUUCGCCAACGGCCGAAUUCCGCUUCUCGUAGGCUUGUUAUCGGGGGAAACGGGGAGCAAGCUUUCCUCUGCGGCUAAACCGUUUGCACUGUUGUUGUUUUUUUCGGGCAGGAAGCAGGAAAAACGGGGAGGAAAUGUUGCGGCAGGCAAAAGGAAAAACAAUAGCCAUUGUAAUAAACCGGGAUAAACUGCCCGUAUCAUUGUGAUGCGGUAGCUAAUGUGUUGCUUGCUUGGGACACUUUUCGUUAA